GCGAGCGCGUCUUGGAAAUUACAUGUUGAUGUGACUACGACCGCUCAGCAGUGUUACUGAAGGGUGGGAAGCUACAUACCAGAUCUACAUGAUAGGGCCAAAACAACAGUCCACUUCACAUCACAUCACAGACGGAUCUCCAUUGGCGUCAUCAUACCUCCCCUACCAUGACCUGAUGAACACUCCAUCAUCCACUCGACAAAGUGGUAAAAGGCCUUCACGAGCAUCUGCAACUGCGUCCACCUCAACCCACAGCACCGAUAUUCAAUCCAUCCUGAGCAAGAAGAAGAAAGCUUCUUCUAACCAUCAUCCCUCGGCUCCUCGUGUACCGCCUUCCGAUGUCACCAUCAAGCAGAUCCUCAGUGCUCAUCCAUACAGAGAUUUGAGGAACAAGAAACAGUUGAAAUGGCUCAUGAGGUACGAGUGUGAAUUGGCGGAUGGGAUCAAACGGGGUAUGGUGUACACUUCUUUACUCGUCGCGAAGGAUGGAGAGAAACUCAGAGAUGAGUUCUGGAAGGAAAUGGAGAAGGAAGGCAAGGUGACGGAGGCGCAGAAGGCAAUUAUCGAUGCGGGAAGAUACUGAGCCAGCCAGCGCAAGUCAUUCAGCUGUGGACUGGAGAGUAGGAGCACGAGCGAGACAUGUAAGCUAGAAGCAGGCCACACGAGGAAAUACGACACGACAGAUGAUGACAUGUAUGUAUAGUCUGGGGCGCGA